CAAAGAGAACCGGCGGUGUGGGCCAUCCAGCAAGGGCCAUGACAGGUCCCCCCCACCAACCCGGGAGUAUGGGUGUGACCGGCCCCGUCCAAGAUGGGCAGCAAGGUGGCAGGGCACCGCACCAAGCACAGCAGCUCUCAGCACCGGCCGUCUUCGCCCCACCCCAGGGAACCACGGCGCCGGCCUUCCUACCACCACAACAUCCGCCGCAGCCCCAAGGGACGGGCGGCAGGCAAGGCCUCGCACCACCGCACGCACCAGAAGCCAGCCAAACCCAAGCCCAGUGAGAGGAAGGAGAAGGAGGCUGCCAAGACUGAGAAACCUGCCAAGGAGGGGGAGAGUGUGGGUGGCACAGCCAAGGGGCAGAACUGGCUCCCCAGAGGCAGCCUGGGGGAGAUGCUGCUCAGCAGACCCAAGGUGACCUCCACACACCCAACUUCCACCACCAUCCACAGUGCCCCUCGAGUGCCAGUGGAGGGCCUCAGGGCACCUGCCAAGGCCAAGCAGGACAAGGUUGGUGAUGUGGUGGACACUAAGCCAGCACUGGCGCCACCACCAACACCAGCACCAACACCGGUGGUAGCAGCAGUGGAGGCGGCCAGGGAGCUGCCUACACUGGACCAGGAGGAUGACGAGGAGCUGCAGCUGAGAUACAUUGCUAUCCAGUCCUCCCUCAGGUUGCUGACGGACAUGCAGAAAGAAGGCCAGCAGCAGGAGACGGCAAGCGAGGGAGCGUCAGGACUGGCCCCAAUAGACAAGGUGGGGCCAGAUGUCGCCGUACCCCAGGAGGAGGUGGAGCAGGUCCCACCGUUAGAGAAGGGCACGACACACCCGAAAUCCUACACCCCUCCGCUGGGAGCCAAGCAGGAGGUGGCCGAGAUGGAGCGCACACUGGGAGAGGUGUUGACUAUCCAGAGCACUGACGACAUUGUCUCCAUCUCCAGCAGCUCAUCCUCAGAGAUCUGUCUGGAGAACCUGGCCACCAACAAGAGUUACCUGCAGGCAGCUGUUGGGGAGGAGCAGGAGGGUGGUGAGGAGGCAGGUGAGGCCAAGGGUGCCGAUGAGGCCAGGAGGAAGGCCAGGGAGCGGCCUGAUGUGGAUCAGGACCCCGUGGACAUGGAGAUCUGCGACAGCUCCGGGGAGGAUGAGGGCGGGGUUGGCACGGUGGAGGUGGUGCGGGACAGUCCUCUCUCCCCGGAGGUGGACCAGGAUGCAGGGCAGGGUGUUGUUGAUCCCCCAGCCAAGGGGGAAGGUGCAGCGCAGGGCAGCGAGAGCGUUGGCAGCAGCAACUUCCAAAUUCCAGUGGAGUGGGCAUACAUGGUGCCGCCGCCACCGCCGCCUGACCAGCCAGCCAAUGACCUGCAGAACAUCAGCAGCUGGUGCUAUGACCAGAACAUGUACCUGCAGUCCAUGCAGGCUGCACCCACUGAAGAACACCACCACCAGCACCAGGUCCACCACCAGCAACAACAACAGCAGCAGCAGCAGCAGCAGCAGCAACAGCAACAGCAACAGCAACACCAGCACCAGCACCAGCAGCAGCAGCAGCAACAGCAGCAGCAGCACAACCAGCCUGACACAGGAGGUGGUGAAUGGGUGCCACCACAGCCCCUCACUGCCCCAUGGCCGCCACCCUUCAUGGAUUCCUAUGACAACGGCCACCCAUCUGGCAUGGCGGACAACACUGCUGGAGCAGGUGGCAUGGGCCUGCACCCCCACCACCACAACUAUGCUCCUCCAGAGGUGGCCCCGGCCCAGGAGGCAGGCGGAGAGCAGAGCAAGGACCUGAGGGACACUCCUGCUGAGCACUACCAGGCCUUCAUGUCUGCCGUGCUGCAGCAGCAGAGUCCUAAACCCAAGAGCAGUGCCACAUUCACUGAGUGCCCCCAGCGCAAUCUGAUCAUGGUGCCCCUCAGUGGCACCCACCACUCCAAGGCCAUCCCUGCUGCCUCUAGGAAGGCCAAAGUGCAGAAGCAGCGUGCCAAGAAGCGCCGCCUCAAGAAGCAGAGAGCCCAGGAGAACCUGCAGCAGGUCACCACCAGCAGCACCCAGGCAGCAGCGGCAGCAGCAGGGGAGGAAGAGGAUGAGGAGGACGAGGAUUUGCUGAGGGCGCAGCUGCUCAUUGACAUGUCCAGGAAGAAGGAGCAGCGCAUCAACGAGUCCCAAGGUCCACCACCCACCACCACCAUCGCCACCACUGCUGCACUGCCGCUGCCCCUCCCCACCCCUGCCAGCAGGGUGGCAGUGGCGGCAGCAGGGAGGGAAGGCUACGAAGGCCGGGCGUCACCCCAGGCAUUGCUGCCAUCCUCCGAGUCACUCUCCCCAGUGCCACGGAGUCUGAGGAUGGUGAAGAGCUUUGCCACUCGGCCCAGGAGUGGUGAGAACAGCCCCACGCACUCCUUCAGAGCAGACCUGCGGCCGGGACUUUCUGACAUCGGGGGCUGGGGCCUAGACCCCAAGGGAAGCAAGUUCAAUUAUCACGGUACGCAGCACGAUUUCCCCCACAGGAGUGGCAGUGGCGAUGCCCCGAAGGUGAAGUUCCCGCCCAUCAAGCCCAUCAUCAUCAGCCUGAGGUCUGACUCUGAGGACUCUGAGGAGGAGGACAACAGCAGCCAGGGCACUUCCUCUCAGGACUCUGGCAGAAAGGAGGCAGAAGCAGAGUGUCUGGCUGGAGAACCCAUGAGCCAGAGCAUCGACAUCCUGCUGAAGAGCAUGAGAAAUGCCAACCCCGCUGCCAAAGACCACGACACCCCAGCCCACCCGAAGCCAGGCCCCAGCACCACUACCUCCACUCCCACCCCUGCCCGUGCCCCCACAGCCAAGAGACACCAGGAGGUAGCAGACAACACACCACAGGCAGUGCGUCACCUGAGCCGCCACCAGCAGGAGGUGUACCGCUGGCUGAAGGAGCAGCUGCGCAAGAAGGAGAUGCUCAGCGUGCAGCGGAAGAAGAUGCAGCAGAGGCCACUCAGAACUAAGCCCUCCAAACCCUUGCUGCCGAUGUCACAUUCGCUGAGCCCUGACAGCGCCAAGGGCAAUGCCAGUCUUAGCUUUGGCGAUGAUCACGCCUGCUCCGUGUCCCCUGCUAAGGAGGUGCCGGGUGAGGCGGGCAGUGAGGGCAUGCCUUCCUCUGCCAGGGCAGUGACCUGGAAGAACAUGGGUCUGCUGCAGAUACAGGUGUCCAAUGAAGGUGCCCUGGACAUGUCCACCGAGAGUGAGGACAGCUGCAGGGGCCAGCAGGCACAGCAGAGCCAGGCUGUGGAGGGCUACUCCUCUCUUGAUGCCUCAGCCACGGAGGACGAGGACGAGGAGACCCUAAGGAGGAUGGCACUGCUCACCCAGAAGAAGAAGAUGGAGGGCAGUGCUGUGGAGGGUCAGCAGCAGAGGGUGGUCAUCGAGGAGAAGAAGGCAGAGGAGAGUGGGAAUACUGUGGAGUCUGAGGUGACGGAGGUAGAGGACGCGCCGACAGACACACUGGAGGAGCACCCGGAGGACGGCUUGAAGGGAGAGUGGAUGGUGCUGGACGAGGUGCGGGAAGAGGAACUGUGCAUCAGGAGCGAGCUGUCCGAGAAUGAGAUGGAUGAGUGUGGAGAAGGUGAUGACACCAGCGAUGUCACAGAGUCCAUCAGUAGGUCACCAGAGAGGCUUGCAUCCCAGAGUGUGGAGGGCAGGCAGGAUACACCCAAGGAGGAGCAGCAGACACUCAGUAAGAAUACCGAGUCGAAAAUUAGUGAAGGUGAUGCAUCGACGAAUGACACAACCACAGAUUCACACCAAGCAGCACCACUGGACCCUGAAGGUGGCAGCAGCAGCAGUGUGGCACGGGAGGAAGCCAGGGACCAGCCGGCAGUGAAGACAGACUCCAAGCAGACAGCAGAGGCCAGCUGUGACGGGGAGAAGAUUGAGGAAGUGAUCAGGAGGAUAGAGAGCAAGACCAGAGUAGUGCGAGAGAAGGCCGGGAGUGAAGACCCUUCUCUGGAGCCAAAGAAGAGCAGCAUAUCUACUCAGGGCGGUGGCAAGGUGAACAGUACCAGCUCUGCCCCGGCCCAGGAAAGGAAGGUGGUAGAAGUGCCAGACAAGGAGGGAAGCAGAAUCAAGGCUAAUGAAGGGGACAUGAAGCAGACAGGUACACCACACCCUGUCACUGAGGGAACCAUCUCUCAGCUAGUCAAACCCUCCACUGCUACAGCAAGCACAACAAGUUCCUCUGUAGACACACACAAGGUUGCUGCAAAGACUACAGAGAGGAAAGAAGGCAAGGCAGUGUCCGAGCGCAUAGUGGUGAUUCCCGAUGCCUCAGCACUGGCCAGGAGGAAGGUGAAGGUAGUGAGGACAGCCGUUGCAGACACACAAGUUGAGGCAGUGAAGAUGUCCUCAGUCGUCCCCGGUGUGACGGCCGUGACCAACGGAACUAUGGUGGCACCUCAGGAGGCAGAGAAGUUGAAGAGAGUGGAGAAAGAUUACAGGGAAAAGAAGAGCAUGAUGAACAAGCUGAAGAUGCAGCUGGCUGACCUACUGAAGGAGGUGAAAGAGGAGCAGAGACAGAGGGAGGAGCUGAAGCGGACUGUUGGAGAGCUGAGGGCCAAACUGAAAGACAUGGAGAUGCAGCUGGAGAGCAAGUCCAGCGGAAUGCAUAGCAAGAUUGAGGUAAUUCGGCGGCUCCAGCAGCAGAGGGACAAGGAUCAGCAGGCACUAACACUCCUGGAGCAUCAAGGAGAGCGGAUCGGCAAGCGGGUUUAUGGCAAUGGCUACACUUUCCCCAAGGUCCUCCCCUCCUCCCCGAACUCUAAGACCAAGGAUGCACACAUCACCAAGUCCCUGGCGAGUAGUAUUGCUGCCAUUCAGCAGCAGAUGCGUAACCUCACCAAGAGGAAGAACAACCUGGUGUCUGGAGUUACCAAAGGAGGAGGAGAGACUAGAGUGGUGAGGGCAUUGGCCCUAGAACCCAAGAAGGAGUCUGCCACAGGGAAUAACAAACCUGAGAAAGCCCUCCUCCAGGUGUCCCAGGGGAAGGCACCACCAGACCCUGCAGGGAAGCCACAGGGGAAGGUUGCUGCCACUGUGGUGAAGAGAAAAUUUAUCUCCAGUAGUGUGGUGGGCAGUGCCAAGGUUGCCAAGGUGGAAGUGCCAAUGGAAAGCAGUGCCAUUCAAGAGAAGAGAGUGACUGGAGUGCCGUCAGUGCCCACCAAAGCAAAAGGGAAGAAAAUAGUGGAGAAAAAACUUGACGAGAUGAAGGCGCUGUGUCCUCACGAUUUACUGGGUCGCUGCAAUGAUUCAGCUUGCCAGUACCAGCACCUUCCCUCCGCCAGACCCUCCCUGCCGCCCACCACCACCAAGGAAACCGUGCCGGGGACUGACCCUGCUGCUGCCUCCACUAUAAAGAGAGCGAGUGGUGGAAAGACAGGUGCUGGGGUGAAGAUAGUGCCAGCUAGGGGGAGUGACAGUAAAGGUGCUGCAGGUAGGACAGUGGGAGUGACCAAGGCGACAAAAAUGGUGACAAAAGCAGUGGUGUGUGAGUCUAGCAUUCCACAGGUGACUGGGGCGAGUGUGGCGGGACCAGACCAGACUAGCAAGGUUCCUGUGACAGAGACUCAUAGCACACACCAGCAGACCAACACACUGACAGCCACAGACCCACACACACCCACCACACUCCACACUGACACUCAAACAAACACAACUGCAAACACACUCACCACAGACCACACUAUCACACAAACACCAACCACACACCAGGAAACCAAAACACACACUACUACAGAAACACACACACCACAAGAGACAGAAGAAACACUCACCACGACACACUCACACCAGCUGACAGAAGCACAAGACAGCAGGGAGCUAGUCACAACACAGAAUGACACUGCCACACCCACAGCCAUGGAGGAGGAAACAGAAUCGCAAACCGAGGCUCACAAUGGGACAAAAGACAGUGAAGGAGCCUCAGAACAACAGGACAAGAAUGAGACACAGACUCCAACGCCCUCCACAGCACCACAGGGGAGUGAAAUGCAGGAAACACACACUGAAGAGAUUGGGAAAGACGUGCCUCUUCAAAACGAGGCGGCUAUCAAGGAGACGCUACCUAACCCAGAGACUCGGAAUAUGACUUCCCUGGAAAUUGAGAUAGAGAAACCAGGGCAGACAGAUACUCCUGCUGGGAAAGGUACAGAAACACAGGGAUUGGUAGACAGUGCUGGAGGGGAAAUGACAACAGAUGACAAAUUAUCCUCCACAACUCUAACUGCAUUGGAGGUCGAGACAGAGAAACCAGUGCAGGCAGAUACUCCCCCAGACUGCAGGGAAGUAGAUACAGAAACACAAGGGGUACUAGACAUUGCUGAAGGGGAAUUGAAAGUACCAGAGGAAGAUGGACUAUCAACCUCCACCGCCACUGAAGACAAAUCCUCAGCCACCACACCGGGAAUGCCUAAAAAGCCCUUAAAGAAAACCAGGUCACGCGUCACCAGGAGUCGGGCCGUGACCAAGAGUAAUGCAGAAGACAUGGUACCCAGUGACUCACUGGACACAAGCCUGGAGGAGCAGGCUGUGGAGAACAUGGAGGAGGCGUCUACUGAUAACCAGGACACCAGAGUCACGAGGAAGUCCUUGAGAGUGAAGGCAAAGACAUCUCCCAAGUGUCGCAUCUCCCUCAAUGCCACAAGAGCGUCCCCGAGGAGUAACAAGAAGCGGAAAUCUGACAAUGUAGAGAGCCCAUUGAGAAACACAAAGAGGAGGACGUCAACAAGGCUAUAACAAGACACUAGGCAUAAUGCAAACUGGUGCAGCACUAAUACAGAAAUUGUUGCCAUAAUAUCAAGGAUUCUCGCCUGAUAAUUGUGAUAAUGUGCGUAUGUGUGCGUGUGUGUUUGUGUGCGUGUGUCAGUCUUUUGGUGAGGCAGUGACGGACUCAGUGGUUGUUAGGGAGUUUAUCAAGAUGGUAAACUGAAUGUGGGUUUUGUUUAACAUACGAGGGAACAUAGCAGUGUGUGGUGUGUGUCUGGAGUAGUGGAGCUUGGUAUCCAUGACCUUGUAGAUAAGAAGUACAAGUGUGAUAGUUUGUGGUAACCAGAGGAGAGGGCCCAGAAAACCUCACAUUUAUACAAUGGAUGUAUUAUGUAUGUCUUGAGAGUUGUGAUGGAGGGCCUGGAGGAGGGACGGGCCUUGCUGUGGGAGAGACACUUCACAGGAGACAGAUGCCCUUAAGCAGACACCUUGACCUUACUCAAGUACCUGGUGUGUGGCACAGGGGAGGAGUGCUUGGCAGGUGUGGCACAGGGACAAGUGAGGGACAGACAUGAGAGGUGCCAGCUGGGACGCCUGCAGUGCCACAACAUCCUCACAUGUUUGGCGGUCUUUAGUUUGCCGUAAAUACUCAGCUCCAGUGAGAGCAAUACAUUGGUCAGAGUCUGUGAGGCUCUCCCUGAAAUGCAAUGGAAGGCAACAUUAAUCAGUCUGAAAUGUUGACAGAAGCAGAGACUAGUCUGAAAUGUUGACAAAAGCAGCAAAUAUCAGUCUGUAAUGAAACAAGCAUGUCUGAAAUAUGAACAGAAGCAACAAUAAUGAGUCAGAGAUGUGGAUAAGCAAGGAGGAUCAGUCUGAAGUGCAAACAGAAGAGACUAGAGGUGUGUCUUCAGGAAGCUGCAGGAGGAAGGGAGCAGUGAAGCAGUGUUGCCGGCGUGAAGGGGAGCCUCUUGGUGUCAGGGAGCCAGUCAGAGUGGCGAAGUGACAAUCUCAGGGCAUAGUUGUAUUUAAGCAUUUGAUCACUACUUAUCUGUGUGUCUUGAGUAGACUCUUUUUUUACUCUAUUUUCCCUUCCUGGUAGAGUAACAACAGUAUACAAGUUUGCUAUGUAAGAUAUGUGCAGUAUUGAGGCCAUUGCCGAGGUGCCAUCAUGUGCUAUAUUGCCACUACCUGACGUACUUAUCAGUAUACCACUUGACAUACGUAUAGUUUGGCAUAUCAUACUUUAUCAUGUACACUGCCUUUUUGAUAUCCCCCCUAGUGUUUCUAUGCCAUCAAUAACUUUUUAGUUUGGAGUUUUCAGCACGUCUGGGUUGGCCGCUCCACCUCCACUCGUCCAGCCGCCCUCCACCUGAGGUAAAGUGACAUCCGCCUUCGCACUGUUGUUCACCAGGGGUCCUUGGUGUAGUGGUGCUGUGGCCUAAGUAUUGUGCACUUGUCAUGUCCAGUCACCUGUGUACUUUGGUGGUAUUCAGUAAGUAAUAAUCUCAUAGCCACAUUUCCACCCACACCUGAGUUACUGUGGCCACCUUCAGUAACUUGUCAUGUUUAGUCAUGUUUAGUCAUCUGGGAGCUUCACUCUAGUGUUCAUUGACUAAAAGUCUCAGCCUAAAUGCUUUGGGUACCUUGAUAAAUAAAUAAUAAUAGUAAUUUUUGGUUUCAAAAUGAGAUUUAAUAGUCAAAUUCAAUUUCUGAAAAGCAGUGUAAAUUUUGAGCACAACAUGUGAGUUUUUUUGUAAUAUUUUGAGUUGUGUUCAUAUAAUUUAUAAUGUAACUUAGUGUGUGCCUUUUGAUUGGAGCUAUUGAUAAUAUGAUUUUGUAUCAGUGCAAUCUAAUAUUGUGAAUGUUUUAUCAUUUAUUAUAUUGUAAUUUGCUGAGAGAAAUAUCUCGGUGGAUGCAAAUGUGUGUCUUUAUCAGUUAUUUCACUAUUUGACAAAACUUAAACUUAAUGACAAAGGAAUGUGAACUUAGUAGUGCCACAGUGCCACACAUCAAAACUUAAUGACAAAGGAAUGUGAACUCGGUAGUGCCACAGUGCCACGCACCAAGGACUGACCUGAACUGCUUGUCAUUAAUGCAUAUGAUGAUUUAUACCAGAAUACAUGCUAGUUUUGAUAUCAGACAAGCCACAGACUCACUUGCCUUGUUACCGGUUCCUAAGUUUUGUUCAGCACAGAUUAACACUAUAGAUGUGUGUCUUUAUUUCCUCUGUUUCUCAGUUUGAAGGUUUAGAAUGUUUUUUUCACUGUGUUUUGAGUCUUUUUCUCACAUGAACUGGUUAGAUGACAGUUUGAUAUUAAUCUUUUUUGUAUUUUUUUAUCUAUAUUUGAUUGAAAGUAGCAUUACUUGUCAGCAUAAUAAUUUUUCCACUUUUCAUUAUCAUAAUCUUAUUGAAACUAGAAUAAUUUGUCAGUUUGAAAUAUUUUUUUCACGUUUCCUUAUCCAAAUUUGGUUGAAACUGGCGUCUUUCAUGUCACGGAGAGUUUGAUUAGUUAUGUGUGGCUUUAGAUGUGAGGUGCAGCAUAUUAGCAAGAUGGUGCCAGGUAGCCAGUGUUGUAGCAGCCUUGUGACUCACUCUGGUGUUCCUUCCCUCGUGAAACUGUCAGGAAAUGAUCAAUAGGUAUACCAAUUUUUACUCUGCUCAUUGCUUAGCCCAAAACUUGCCUGAAUUUAUGUAGAAACUAAUGAUUUGGAUUUAUUUUCCUAAUUGUAAAGUAGAUAAACAUUAGGUUUUUUAUUUUUUUCUUUCAGGAAGUAAACCUACACAUGACAGGUUAGUGAAAGUGAUAACCUACCAUUGUUUUGAGUAAGUUUUUUCAGGGAGUCUAGUGUGUAUGGUAACUUGUAUGGUAACUUGCAUGCCUCACCAGUACAUCUGUAUGGUAGGGAGUCUGUCAGCAUUAGGGAAUCUCUGAGAUGCAUGUGUGUGUGUGGGAGACUUGCCGGAGCACACGAGGACCAGCCUUGCAUCUUGGAUUAGGUCAGGUUAGGUUAGGUUAGGUUAGGAUAUGAUAUGCUAGUGAGCUGUGUUAACCUGCCUAACCCAAUCUAAUCUAGCCACUCAAUAUAGACCAACAGUGGGAAAGUAUAGGAGAGAUUAAGAUUAAGUCAGGUUAAGGUUAGUUUUAGGUUAGGUUAGAUGACAUUAUGAUGACCUAUACUUAUCUAACCCAGCUAUUUGACAAUCUUUAGGGUGAAAGAGAAUUAGUUAGGUUAGGACAGUGGUUCUCAACCUGGGGGCCAUGGUGAACUGUUGCCAAUCAUAUAUUUCCAGUUAAUUUUGGAAAUCUGAAUGAAAAAAAUUGCGCAAGUUUGUUCUGGCAGAAGAAAAUGUUCUUUUAAUUGAUUAAUUUGGUAAAAAAGUUACACAAUGUUGUAACUUAUUUAUGUAUAUGUGUGAAUAUGUGUGUGAAAUUGUAAUAGUUUGCGCAAUGUUGGGAUGGGAUUUGGGAGAAAUGUGAAGGGGUGCCACAUGAAUGUUAAGAAUUCAUGAAGGGGAGAAUGGAGACAAAGUUUGAGAACCACUAGGUUAGAGUGUAUCAUGGUGAGCUGUAUCAACCUAACCUAACCCAGUUACUCGAAUUGAUUAGGUUAGGUUGGAUAAGUUCUGUAAAAAGAUGUAUUAACCUAACCCAACCUUACUUAUCCUAGUUCAAUCAUCAGUUCUAACCAUGGUAGGUUCAGGUAGGUUUGGAUGAAAUACACAGCUAAUAAGAAUAAUUGUAACCAAUCUGACCUCACCAAGACAUCCAAGGUGUAUUUAGGAAAGGUUACACCACACGCCUACCCUAACAUGCAUUGAACCUAACCUAACCUAACCUUACCACAGAAGAAGCAGGGGUGUCUGGUCUUCAUGUGAGUGCAGGUUGGCUCCCUUCAGAUACUCAAGUGCAGUUUUGAAAUAUAUAGCUCAGUAAACACUCAAACUUUGAUUUCUCAUUCCAGGUACUUACGCUCAGUUUAGUUGGUAUGCGUGAGUGUGUACGUUUGUGUUGUGAGUGUGAGUCAGUGAGUGAGUGAGUGAAGGUUGUAUCUCUAGAAGGGGACGGGAAGUAAUUUUUGUGAGUAGUAGUAGCUUUGUGAAUGAAUCUUUUGAAGGUGAGUGGAUAAUGUUAUGCUUAAUAUGCUUUACUCAUUACUCAUUUCUCAUUACUUAUUACUUAAAACAUAAGUGAGGAUGUACUAUGAGCAUAAUGGAUAUUGUGUUUUGGAAGUCACUAGAGGUGUUGCUAUCAUUCCAUACACACAGCAGUGAGUUCCUAAUUUACAAUAUAGUGACAGUUUUCCAAUACCCUCCUUUCACCAGUACAACAGUAUAUUUCAAAGUCAAAUGCAGGAAAGUGGGGUAACCUUAGGAAACAUUGACAGAUGAGAGAUGGACAUUUUAUUACAAGAAUCUGUCACACAUACUUGACGGGACUCUUUACAGCUUCCAUUACUGUCUUGUUAUAGCACCACAUGACCUCAGAUAUCUGGCGCUUCUCUUCUCCAUUAACUGAACUUACCGUCUUCUUAUGAUGCUUCUCAGUAUGGUGUAGUGAAUUGUAGUGACAGGAGAUUCGGGUUGACUUAGGCACAAUUACACAGGCCAUAAUGGUAAGGAAGUGGUCUCAUAUACAGCUUAUUCAGUUUAUCUGUCAAUCUUCAUGUCAGUGUUCCCGUGAUGUGAAGUAGGGUAUCAAUAGCACAGGAAUAUAUCCUUUUGGCAAACGCUUGGACUUGGACCUGCUCGGGGACUGGCAUCUAAGUAGGCCUUUUUUGUUUAUUCAUAUUUGUUGUCCUUGGCCAGAUUUAAUUUUUGGGAGAAUACAAGUGAAUAAUGAUGAAAUUUACAUUGUAACUUGGGACCUCACUGUGUAUUACUAAGUCAAUUUUGUUUAUCAUCAUUAUCACCAUCAUCAUCUACAUCACUGUUAUUAUUUAGAUACAAGAAAUGUACUUAAAUAAUGCAUAGUUACACAACGAUCAUCAUUAUUACUAUUAUUUAUUAUUACUAUUACUAUUUUGUUUCUUGUGAGUGAUGUGAGGUAAUGUAUUUUGAGGAUUCCAUGCUUGGGGAGAGAGAGAGAGAAUGCAUGGUUGUGUUAUUGCAAAAGAUAAGCUCAAUUUUUUACUAUUCAUUUACAAUUUGAUUCUUGGAUAGCAGUGAGAUGCAGGCCUGUGUUCUGAAAUGCUUUGCUCUCUCGCCAUGACUGUUUUCAAAGGCCACAGAGAUGACUAGCCAGGUACUCACUAUGGUUUCUCAUUAAUACUUAAGAAAUCUCAUUAAUGUGUCAACAAAACUGUUAAAACACGCAUGAAAAUCUAUGCAACUUCAACAAGAGCCUGUCAAUAUGUCAAGAAACUAUAAAAAACACCCUUCAAAGUAUGUAACAUCAACUAGAAUCUGUUAACCCUUCAGUAAAUCAUAACAGACACCCUUAAUACCCACAUAACUUCAACUAGAGCCUUGAAAGUAGUGAAGGUGUGGCGUGGAAGUGUGUCAGAAUGCAGACCUUAAGGACAUGCAUAGGUCAUCUUUUUAAAACACCAUAAUUUUUUUUCCUAUACAAGCUUUUGGUGUCAUGAUAAGAUUGCAUUAUUUAGUUAAGGAGCUGUGAGUGAGUGUGAGAGUGAGGUGCAGUGGUGGUGUGGUGGUGUGUUGUAGUGGUGGGCAGUGUGUGAUAUGCUGAACUUGGCUAUUACAGGUGGAGGAAGAGCUGGGCAGGUGAGGGUGACAGUGAGGCCAGGAUGGGUACAGAACAGGUGGUGUC